GCGUUUGCGUUUCGUUUUGCGAUCGAGCGACGUGACGACGGGUGAAAAGGUUGGAAAACGGCGAAAAAGUCGGCUCUUCCUAUCAUAGCACUGAUCAGCUGUGUCUGUUGGGUCCUGUGGCGACUGUCGUGAGUAGUCGCGAGGUCUGACGUUCUGGCUUUGCUACUUAAUUUCUUAUGUCGCGGAUCGCGUGCUGGUUUCCUCGAAAUUCGUCAGCACCCAGUGACUCAAUUUCGCGGAUCGUCCCAGAUCCCGCGAGAGGUUCAUGAAAGGCUUGGCCUCGUGUGAGAGGAACCGAGCGCGUAACUUGUCGUUCCUCCGGGAGUCAAGGGACAAGGUGCGCGAGGUGAAAAACGUGAACAGGUGACAUGUCAGAUUUCACAAAAUCUCGAAUCGUCGUGCACUAGUGUUUUGCACUAGUCCUAUUCAGAGAAUAGGAAACUCAGCAAUUCAAAUAAGAGCAUUCCAUCGUUUGCGUGAGUCUAGUUUCUACCCAGGCAAACGAUCUUCCCAAAAAUCAUCCAAGCUGGAUAGGCUACCCGAGUACCUCCGCGAUACCGUGGACUGGUUUAUGGGGUCGAUUCCUUCACCUUGAAGCGUUCCAAAAGUGAAAACCUUCUUGAGUCAGCAGCAACUGCGCGGGAGUGUAAAUUGGUUUUCCAAAUCUACCUACUCCUCUGAGGGCUGGUGAAUUGUGGCGACAAUUCUUCAAAUUCGAUGAUAAAAAAAGUGCUGUUCGGCCAGUGUUGGUGAGAGGAUCAUGUCGCUACAAGGAAGCGUUUGAUAAGACCACGGCGAACAUAACGAACGCGAUUUCCGGGAUGCUGCGGUCCCCGGCUCGGGGGACCGUAGCUCUCCUGGAUUCUUCUUCUACGUCUUCGACACCGGCGACACCCAUUCAUAACUCAACGUCCAGCUCCUCCAGCACCGCCUGUCGUCUCUCACUACUCGACUCCUGCCACAGGAAGAUCCGCUUCUUCGGAGAACUGGUUGCAAAAGCCCGACGGAAGGAAAAGGAUGCGGGAACUACAGAAGAUCCAAAAUUAUAUCUGGAAGAAGCGGUCCUCGAAAGACAACUUCCGGAACUCGACUUAAGAGUGCUGGUAGACCUUCCACCAGGACUAGAUUAUAAUGAAUGGCUAGCGUCCCACACACUAUCACUUUUUGACCACAUCAACCUUAUUUAUGGCACCAUAUCUGAAUUUUGCACCAUGACUGGAUGUCCUGAUAUGACAGGUCCCGGAUUAAGAACAUAUUUAUGGUUUGACGAGAAAGGAAAGAAGACAAGAGUGGCGGCGCCACAAUACAUUGACUAUGUGAUGACUUUUACCCAACGCACGGUCAGCGAUGAAACGAUAUUUCCUACAAAGUACGCAAACGAAUUUCCCAGCUCAUUUGAGUCUAUAGUACGUAAGAUCCUGCGGUUACUUUACCACGUGGUGGCACAUAUUUACCACUGUCACUUUAGAGAGGUGGCGUUGCUGGGGUUACAUGUUCACCUCAACUGCGUUUUCGCUCACCUCACACUCCUCAAUCAACGCUUUAACCUCAUCGAUCCCAAGGAGACAGAAAUCCUCGGUGACUUGGAAGCUGCCCUCUUGGGUAAGUCCUCAGUCUCACCUGGACGAAGGAAAAAAAGUACGUUUUACUUUUCUUUUUUAAUUAAAAGACGAGUCUCUGUAGGAGCUAUGAUUUUUGGUGUGAUUUCAUUGGCUGUGCCGAUGGACGUGAUGCUAUUCUUUUAUGCGGAGAUUUCAAUUCCAAUUCCCAUGUGUUGGGUUCUGUGUGGGAAAAUGCAGGUGGCAGAGAGCUGUGCCGUGCUGUCUGAUCGGGAUUUGAUUCCACUAAACGACUCUUGUCCAACAUUUCUCCCCUUGCCUGGUAGAUCUGCUGCGACUUUAGACUUGAUCUUUGUCCAGGGAGGGUGUACUGGAGGCGAGGCAGGUUGA